AUGAUAAUGCAGCUUGGAUUGACUUCUUUGGCGUUUCUUGCGCUUAAGUGUGAUGCUUAUAACAUCGCCCCGAAAAUCGAUACCCCAAACGUUGAACCGUUUGCACCAUCAGGAGGACUUAAACUCUUGGCUAUUGUAGCAAUAAUUUGGUACGUUGUUGUUUUAUUAGUUGCAUAUUACGGGUUCUUCGAAAUUAUGCAAAAGUUCAGUAAGAGAAAAACAUUGCCUGUUCCCCCACAAGUGGAAGGUGUCACCAUUUUGAGACCAAUUAAGGGCAUAGAUCCGGAGAUGGAACUCUGCCUGCAAAGUGCAUUUGAUCAGGAUUACCCAAAGUUUGAGAUCAUUAUUUGUGUGGAGAGUGAAAACGAUCCUGGCAUUGGCGUUGCUGAGGCAUUAAUCAGGAAAUAUCCACAUGUGGAUGCUCGGAUACUCAAGGGUGAUUCCCACAACCCAGACCAUUUUGGACCUAACCCUAAGGUUAACAACUUGGCGAAAGGAUACAGUGCUGGAAAGUAUGACAUCAUGUGGAUUUUGGAUAGUAAUGUUUGGGUUUGCUCGGGUGCAUUGUCUCGUUCUGUGGAUGCGUUGAACAGAUCGUUAGACAAUGGACGAAGCACUUUCGACUUCCAAACUGGAAAAGGAAGGAAGGUGAACCUUGUACAUCAUGUACCUAUGGCAAUCUCUAUCAAUCCGCAAACGGGUACAAAUUUGGACGAAAUGUUUUUGUUCACUUCCCACUCAAAGUUUUAUAUUUCCAUAAACAAAGCAGCAUUAGCCCCUUGUGUCAAUGGGAAAUCGAACCUGUAUCGGCGAAGUGAGCUGGAUUUGGCAGUGAAAAGGCUGGGAAAGGGUAGCGAGCCAAGUCUAGACGGGACCACCGGUAUCCUGGCAAAGGAUGCUGCAUAUUACGGGUCCAAACCUGGCCAAGGCCUACGAUUUUUUGCAAGAUACAUUGGUGAGGACAACAUGAUAGCAACAGCAUUGUGGUUUCAAAACGGAGGGCGCACUGGCCUAACAGGCGAUGCUGCCAUUCAACCACUAGGAGGUGUCAAUAGUACAUCAUUGAAGAACUACCUUCUUCGAAGGAUCCGCUGGCUCCGUGUUAGAAAACAUAUGGUUCUAGAAGCUACAUUAUUGGAGCCAACUACAGAGUGCCUGUUAUGCGGCACGUUUGGAACUUUUGCCAUAUCCACGCUAUUCCUUCAGUCAUAUUUCAAUUGGAAAUUUUUCAUCUUUCACUUGCUAGUCUGGAUGGUCACAGAUUACACACAAUUUCAUAUCCUACUAACCAAUGCAUCUCAAGACACAGCGACUUGUAACGUACCAUAUUUUGCGGAACCUAACUUCAAUGCUUACGGAAGUCCUUUCGAAAGCUCAAACUUAAGGACAUUUCACAGAUGGGUUCUUUAUUGGUUACUCAGAGAGGUUUUAGCCCUUCCCAUAUGGAUAUCCGCCAUGUUAGGGACUAGAAUUAUCUGGAGAAAUAGACCAUUUAGAAUCAAUGUGGAUCUAAGCGCCGAAGAACUGUAG